AUGACAUUCUCUUUAACUUCUAGGCCACCUUCUCCUACCAAUAGUAGCCACCCACAAAUACCGCAAGAUGGCCACUCUGGGGUUUCUACCGACUCUCACCAUCGACCCGCAUUUGCCGACGCUGAAACCAUGAAAGAGCGGCCUUUUCUGGAGAUUCGUCUUGACAACGAUGUUGUCUACCUCAAAGGAACAGGCAACGAUGUCGAGCCCGCUCGGCUGACUGGCCAUGUUGUCUUAAACCUCGCCGAGUCCACACCCAUCAAGGAGAUAACUCUGCAGUUUCGCGGCAAGGCGCGGUUGCCUCCCCCCUCCCCACGACUCAUAAACAAUGACAGCUCGAUGCACUCUGUGGCGACCUAUGUGAUAUGCAACCAUGACUGGUCGUUCCUCGAGGGAGAACGCAAGCACAGCCAUACCCUCAAAGCGGGCCGCCACUAUUUCCCGUUUCAACUCCAAAUCGGGGGCUCCCUACCUUCAAGCAUAACCACUGGGGUAUUCGGCGGCGCCUCAGUAGCCUAUAAGCUUCGCGCACAUGCAGUUCGACCGGGGCUCGUAAACUCUAACCUUCAGACUACCCGGGCGGUUCAAAUCCUGCGUGCCUUUUCUGCAGAGGCACUCGAAUAUCAGCAGACCCUCGAAAUCGAAAAUACGUGGCCAGAUAAACUGAUGUACUCGAUCAUGAUUCCACACAAGGCCUGGGCAGCUACAGACACGUUGACCGCCCUCGUCAAGUUCAGUCCGCUCGUCAAAGGCGUCGGAGUUGUCAGUGUUGCGAGCGCCAUUCACGAGCAGACAAAAAUAUAUGCAAGAAACACAGUUCAAGAAACAACGAGAAUUGUCGCGUCGGUCAAACAUGAUAUCAUUGGGGGGAAGGCUGUAGAAGUUGUUGACCGGCCCAGAUGGACGAUGGGUACUCCUUCCGCUCCGAGUGCCUCUCCAUCAAGCAACACUCCUCCCCUACAGACCGCGAGUGGCGGAUAUUUCCCCUCUUCGAAUGCCCAACCCGAAGCUGGACCAUCGACACAACCCGAGACGCUGGAAGUGGAGCAAGGCCAAGACGAUGUGGUCACUUUCAUAACCCUCCAGAUCCCCGCCUCGGUCACGCCUACACAUCCGCUGGAACCUAUCAGCGUUUCCCACCGCUUGCGAUGGAGUAUUCUAAUCAUCAACCCUGACGGACACACUUCCGAGCUUCGCUGUUCACUUCCUCUACAUCUUCUUGACCGCCGAUUGUUGAAAGACGCUCAACGCCCCCCAGACGACGAAGAGGAGAUAGAGCUGCCCAGCUACAAGGCCCAUGUUCGUGACCGUGUUGCAAAUAUGUAUCUUCCCGAGGCUGUCACGGUUCGGGUCACGAAUCCGUUCAUGGCCGCCAGCCCUGGUCAUACGCCCCCAGCAAGCGGAUUGCAAACUCCAAGUGCACUUGUCUCCCGUUCUGGCCAUGCGACCCCCAUGCAUCCUCAGUCACUCUCACAUCUUCCUCAUGCACCUGGCGAUUCCACUCCUCUUGAGUGGAUAAAUUCCGAGCUUUUGCUGUCUGUUCAGACAAGCUCUCCGCCAACAGAAUUUCCUCCGUUGCCAGAUAACGAGCGGAGCCGACCUCCCAGUGCUAGGCCUAGUCGACGGCCCAGUCGUGCUCCCAGUCCUGAACGUCAUCACUUGACAUCUGAUGCGUUGAUGGCAAACGAAACAUACGUCCAUAGUAGCAACGCCAGUCGCAAUCUUCAUGCGCUUUUCAGCGUCUCCAUGAAGCCCGCCUCCGCACAUCCUCAUUGGCCUGGUAUCGGCUCCCGCUCUACCUCAAAUCUGAAUUCGUUGAACGAUAACUCACAUAACCGGAACCCCACGCGCUCGAAUGGUUCUCGACCCCCGGCUGCUCCCGAAUCAACCACACCCACCAAUUCAUCACUCCUGCUACGUGCAUAUACGGAGGUACCCAACUACUCCGUCGCGGCACGUGGAUUUCUCGGCGGCGUCCAGCCACUGUCCAGUUUACAGGGCUUACCCUCUUACGAGGAGGCAGAGCGACACGUAGGGCAUAUCGCCAGCAACCACGGAGCGCCAGUCAUGCCUGCUCACUAA